CAGAAGACUUUUCCCCCUGCAUAUAGCGUAGGAGUAAUGCUGGUUAGAAACUGGCUGGUGUUUAAAGCUGAAGAUAGUCAUGACUAUUUAACCUAAGCUAUAUGCUGAAGGAAGAUUGUCUUGGAAAUACUAAAUUGGGGUAACCCAAAUCUGUUUCUGGGAACCAUGAAAAUUUUGUUGGUUUUUGACUUUGACAAUACAAUCAUAGAUGAUAAUAGUGACACCUGGAUUGUACAAUGUGCUCCAGAGAAAAAGAUUCCUCUUGAACUGCAAGAUUCUUACAAAAAGGGAUUUUGGACAGAAUUUAUGGGCAGAGUCUUUAAGUAUUUGGGAGAUGAAGGUGUAAGAGAAGAUGAAAUGAAGAGAGCAAUGAUAUCAAUGCCUUUCACUCCAGGGAUGGUGGAACUUUUAAACUUUAUAAGAAAGAACAAGAAUAAAUUUGACUGCAUCAUUAUUUCAGAUUCAAAUUCAGUCUUCAUAGAUUGGGUUUUAGAAGCUACCAAUUUUCAUGAUGUGUUUGAUAAAGUGUUUACAAAUCCAGCAGCAUUUGAUAGCAAUGGUCACCUCACUGUGGAAAAACAUCACACUCAUUCUUGCACUCAGUGCCCCCAAAACCUUUGCAAAAAUGUAGUUUUGGUAGAAUUUGUAGGUGAACAGUUACAACAAGGAGUGAAUUAUACACGAAUUGUUUAUAUAGGUGACGGAGGAAAUGAUGUCUGUCCAGUAACUUUUUUAAAGAAGAACGAUAUUGCUAUGCCACGGAAGGGAUAUGCUUUACAGAAAACUCUUUAUAGGAUGUGUCAAAACCUUGAGCCUAUGGAAUCUUCUGUUGUAUCUUGGUCUUCAGGUGUUGAAAUAAUUUCUUAUUUACAAUUUCUAAUAAAGGAAUAAUUUGCCAACAA